ACGGUUUCGCUGGUUUACAAUUUCGCUUCUUCCUCUCUCUCAUAUUUAUACACAAAUUCAUAGGAAACCAAACCAUUGCUUUUUUUCUCUCUGAAAUUUGUCUGUCUUUCUCUCGGGUAUGGCGGAAUCUAAGAGCAAAGGAGAAUCUAUGAGGGAAUGGAUUGUCGAGCACAAGCUUCGUGCUGUUGGGUGUCUGUGGCUUAGCGGAAUAGCGGGUUCGAUUGCGUACAAUUGGUCUCAACCAAAUAUGAAAACCAGUGUCAAGAUCAUUCACGCUAGGUUACAUGCACAGGCUCUUACGCUGGCUGCAUUAGCUGGUGCUGCAGCUGUUGAAUGGUAUGACCACAGAUCAGGAGCAAAGGCUGAUCGAUAUGCAAAGUUCUUUCCACCUGAUGCUUACUCACAUAAGGAUUAAGUGAACUUCCCAUAUAACCUGCACCGAGUAAAAUCUGCUUGGAUAUGACUAAUGGAGGAUAAUAAAGUUACUUGUUUCCAUCACAUUUUUAGCAGUGGUAUUGAGGUGUUUGGUACGAUAUUAUUGUAGCUCGCAAGUAGCCAGUUUCGUGAUAAAAUUUGGCAUCAAAUUUUGAGAAAACUGUGAUUUCUUUGUAUAGGGCAAUAUAUGAUACAUUUGGUGGAAUUAGGAAAUCCAUUUAUUGGUGAUUUUGUUUUGGUCACCCUCCCUUCUUGGGGAAUGCAUCUAGCUGAAUGUGAGUUUGUGGCUGUAUCUUGGCCAUCCAUUGCUUGUAUAUGGUCAAAAGCUUACUGAUAUUCAGUUUAUAUGAUAUCCCAAGUGUUCUAAUA